AUGACCAAGUCCACCAGGGAUUCUUCUUGUGACCAAGUAGCCAAGACUCUACUAGAAGAGCAUACGGGUUCUGAAACAACACUCAAUACUGUCAAAGGGUGGCUUUCCAAGUGUGACGAAGGCCAUUCUAAAAGCCAUGCUUGUAUCGUGAAAAUGCGUGCUUUGAACUACCCGACCGUACCAACCAGACUUAUCGAUGUCCAUGGUCAUGACUCCAAAACAUGGUCCCUGAUCGAAACGAAGAAAAAUCAGAGCUUUUCCAAAUAUGUUGCAUUGUCGCAUCGCUGGACAGACGACACGCCCCGGCUUCUAAGAGACAAUUGCAUCUCGUUCCAAACAGGCCAACACGACAAAGACGUACCGCGCAACUACCAAGAUGUUUUCGUUCUCUGCCGUAAAUUAGACAUCCGAUAUGUUUGGAUCGAUUCCCUCUGCAUUGUCCAAGAUUCAGCAGAUGAUUUCCUUCGCGAAGCCUCUACUAUGACGGAAGUAUACGCAAAUGCCUUCUGCACUUUCAGUAUAUGUUGGGAAUCCCCUGACGGCUUCCUUCGCCCCCGAGACACUCGUACAAUCCCCCGAGAUGGUCCCUUUAGUAGUACUUGGAAGUGCUUUCUGGAUCAAUCGGCGUCACUGGACAUAUCCUGUCUCCUCAUCCAAGCUAAAUACUUGGAACUUGAAGGUCCUAAAGACGUGAAAAAGAGCCUAGAGAAAUCUGUUUAUCAAACUACGGAUGGAUGUUUCAAUUGGUACACAGAUGGCUUUCUCCUUCCACUACCGUACCCGCGGCUUCAUUCCGAUGAACGAUCAGUCAUCACUGUCCCCAUCGAGCCAUGCGACAAUUUCAUUGCAACGUGCUUCGUCAUGCCGUUACUUGGAGGAAUCUAUCACCAUGACGUGAGUAUAAGGGGUUUAGUAGUGCAGGAGAGACCACAAGCCGACAGGAAGACGAGAGAGUUUGUACGCAUCGGGAGCUUUACCAGAUAUUACGACAUAGAAGACCCGAUUAAGGACCGGGAGACUAUGGCCGUUAUGAACGCUUUUCUCAAGAACCUUCCCAUCAACGGCGAUGAUUUUGAACGGAAGUUGCGUGAGUGUGCGCAAGGGUGGAGAGUAAAGCAGCGUCUUGGUAUAGAGUCGGAAGACAGUAUCACGCUAAAGGCUGAGUGGACGACCAUUCGACUUGUCUAA